CACUUCCCGGAAGGGCAACAGUAGCAACACGGAAGCGUUGGAAAGAAAACAAAUAACCGUUUAAUUUUCAGUCGAGUUGAAGUCGGAGACGUGCCCCAGAGCGCCGUUUGUUUCCGGUGUUACCGUGUUUUUGACGACCCCUGUGGUUUGCGAUGGAGUUCCUGUUUGGGAAGAGGAAGACCCCGGAGGAGAUGCUGAGGCAGAACCAGAGGGCGCUCAACCGAGCCAUGAGAGAGCUGGACCGUGAGCGAAUGAAAUUGGAGCAGCAAGAGAAGAAGAUCAUCGCUGACAUAAAAAAAAUGGCAAAGCAGGGACAAAUGGAUGCAGUGAAGAUCAUGGCCAAGGAUUUGGUUCGCACGCGGCGCUACGUCAAGAAGUUCAUCAUGAUGAAAGCCAACAUUCAGGCUGUCAGCCUAAAGAUCCAGACACUCAAGUCUAACAACAGCAUGGCACAGGCGAUGAAAGGUGUCACCAAAGCCAUGGCCACCAUGAACAGACAGCUGAAGCUCCCUCAGAUUCAGAAGAUAAUGAUGGAGUUUGAGAAACAGAGCGAGCUGAUGGAUAUGAAGGAGGAGAUGAUGAACGAUGCCAUUGACGAUGCCAUGGGUGAUGAGGAUGAUGAAGAGGAGAGCGACGCCAUUGUCUCCCAAGUGCUGGAUGAGCUUGGUCUCAAUCUGUCCGACGAACUGUCAAAUCUUCCGAGCACCGGGGGAAGUCUCUCUGUGGCCGGAGGAAAGAAAGCCGAGCCCCAGGCUGCCCUGGCCGACGCGGACGCGGACCUGGAGGAGCGUCUGAAUAACCUGCGGAGAGACUGAAUGCGCAAGAACUGCCAGAGAAGCACACACUGGCGAGGGUCGUUAAUACAAACGGACUCUAAUCUCUGCCUUUUGGAGGCAUAUGUGGCCCACUGUUAGCAGCAAGCAGGCUGUUCUAUAAGGUGUAUGGCUUUCUGUUUGAGGUUUUUUUUAUUUAAUGUCUGUGCUAUGUACCUUUUCAUUACAAGGGCCCUUCAUAGGUCUGGAAAAUGCUCUUCUCUGUUAAGACUCUGCCAAAUGACACAAAUCGUCUGUACAUACUAAUUUCUCUAAGCAUGAUGUAUUUACAAUUUAAAUUCAAACACUAAUUACAGAAUAUACAAGAAAAACCAAAAGAAAUAUAGUGAAAUUAAAGAAGGUAAGAUUUUAUAUGACUGACGUUUAGAAAUGUCAGCGCAUUUUGUACAUGAGGUGGGUUUGGUGUUUUUUUUUGUUUUUUUUUCUAUCAAUAUUAAAACAUUAUCAGCAUUUUAUUCUCUUUAAAUGUUUGAGGUUGUAGUAAAAAAAGAACACGGUUUAUUAUUAUUAUCGACAUUUGAGAAAAAAGGCUAUGUUCUGGAAAAACACUCCUAGUGGUUCUUUAAUUUGCGUUUAUAAGAGCAGCAGCAUCCUUACUACAAAAUGUUAAGGAGUCAGUGGUGUUUUUUCUUUUUGAGAAAUCUUUUUGGCUUUAUUCAAUAAACAUUUCCCAGAAUACUGGGAAAUUACCAGUUUCA